UCUUCACUCCGCUCUCGGCGUUUUCCUCUUUCAGGGGGGGGAAAAAACAACGAUUGUAUGGAAAAGUCCUGUGGAGGGAGGAAGAGGAGGAGAGAGGUGGGGCGGAUCCCAGUAAGUUAGGAGCCCUUAAAGCUUCGCCGACACAGCGGAGGAGAUGACAUGCGAGCUGACCGUGGUGCUGGACAUCUUCAUCAGGUGCUCUCGCGCACAUCUUCCACCGGACCGCCUGACACGCGUUUGUGAACGACAAGGAAGAUGAGCAACACCGACUACUGGGUGGUGGAUUAUGACCUGUCCUCUCCGGCCCCGCCCGGCUUCGCCAGGGCCCCGGCGGUCCUGCAGCCCAUGGCGGGACACCCUGACCAGGGCACAGCCUUGUGCUUCAUGGGCCUCCUGGUGCUGCUGCUGCUCUUCCUGAUGGUUCGCUGCGUGCGUAUCCUCUUAGACCCUUACAGCAGCAUGCCGGCCUCCUCCUGGACGGACCACAAGGAGGGUCCGGACAAAGGACACCUUGACUAUGCGCUGGUGUGAGGACCGAGGAGGACUACAUAUAGGUGUGUACGGAAGGUAAGGUUCUGUCUUCGCCUCGUCCCUCGCCUAAAGCGUGAGUGAAGAAUGCACUACAAGUCCCGAAGAAAGAGAUGAUGCAGUAUAAUCUGCUCACAGAUGCUCCCCUGGUGGUGGUUUGAGCACACUGCAGCUCGCCCUGGAUAGUCCCAGCCCUUAAUGCUUCAGUCACACGCAGGAUUCUCACAGGAGUGAGGCCAAAAUACAACCUUACCUACUGUACAUCACACUCUGAGGUGUUUUGUUUAUUUUUUUUACUGAUGAUGUCACUUUUUCAAACUCAAAAUGUUUAAUGUCUAAUUGAAACAUUGUUUUUUUAUUUAUUUAUUAUAACAUAGAUCAAGGGUUCUUAGCCUUUUAGAACUCGGGGCCCAACUUUUCCACUACAAAGGGGCCCACUCAAAUAUUAACACUGAAUAUUCAAUAAUUAUAUCUUAAUUACUUAUAGUUUACAACAUUGUCAAAUUAUAUGAAAUCCAGUGUUUCUUAUUUACCCUAAGUUAGUUUCUUAUUUAACUUAUUUCGAGGAUGUCGUUGUGGCUUGUGCAGCCCUUUGAGACACUCGUGAUUUAGGGCUAUAUAAGUAAACAUCGAUUGAUUGAUUGAUUGAUUGAACACAUGAACCUAUGACAAAAUAAAUCUAAAUAAUAAAUAAAUAUAGUGCAAAAGAAAGGACUCAUAAGAACUGAUGAAAAAUAAAUGUACAUAAAGUUAAAAUACAUGAAAUCUAAUAAUAUAUGUUUAUUUACUAAAAUGUCAAAUGAAAAUUUAGUCGUAAUUUUUGCACUUGAGAAAACUUCUCUGAGUUUAGCUUCAGGCUUUUUCUGUUUGUUUGAUAACUAAAUAAGUUAGUUUAUUAUUUAAACUUAUUUUGAGGAUGUCGUUGUGGCUUGUGCAGCCCUUUGAGACACUCGUGAUUUAGGGCUAUAUAAGUAAACAUCGAUUGAUUGAUUGAUAGAACACAUGAACCUAAGACAAAAUAAAUCAAUCAAAUAUAGUGCAAACGAAAGGACUCAUAAAAACUGAUGAAAAAUAAAUGUACAUAAAGUUAAAAUACAUAAAAUCGAAUAAUUUAUGUUUAUUUACUAAAAUGUGAAAUGAAAAUGUAGUCGUAAUUUUUGCACUUGAGAAAAAUUCUCAGAGUUUAGCUUCAGGCUUCUUCUGUUUGUUUGAUAACUAAAUAAGUUAGUUUAUUAUUUAACUUAUUUCGAGGAUGUUGUUGUGGCUUGUGCAGCCCUUUGAGACACUCGUGAUUUAGGGCUAUAUAAGUAAACAUCGAUUGAUUGAUUGAACACAUGAACCUAAGGCAAAAUAAAUCAAUCAAAUAUAGUGCAAAAGAAAGGACUCAUAAAAACUGAUGAAAAAUAAAUGCACAUAAAGUUAAGCAGUGCUAAAAUACAUCAAAUCUAAUAAUAUAUGUUUAUUUACUGAAAUGUCAAAUGAAAAUUUAGUCGUAAUUUUUGCACUUGAGAAAACUUCUCUGAGUUUAGCUUCAGGCUUCUUCUGUUUGUUUGAUAUAGUCAUUACUGCCACGAGUGGUGGAAAAGUGUAUUACACCUGAAUACGCAGGAAGCAGAUAUAUUUUGGCAGCCCUCUAGAGGGCGCUUGCGACCAUACCACGGUUAAAAACCGCUGACAUCGACCAUGUUUGACUUGUCCAGGUGAUCCUCAGGUAAAAGUGUAAUUGACCAAAGCUUAGUGUAGUUUUCCCGACUAGCUUCCUUUGUGCGACGUGUGUCCCUUUAAGAGGCCUGCAAUGCUUGUGUGUUGUAAAUAUAAGGCCUCCACAUUAGGUACACUUGUGCAAUGUUUAAGUAUGAGUCACGUUUUGAUCGCCGCUGUCAGAGAUGGUUUCAUACUGAAAGCUGCUUCUGAUAUCAUUCCAGCUGCAUUAUUAUCUUAGUAAAGGCAGAUUUUUUGAUACACCUCUCAUGUCGACUGUGCCAAGUACGGCGGGCCCCUCGCCACGUCGCGCCCUUCAAAUAUUGCAGAUUUAUUUUAAUUAAAUGUUUCUUUUAAAGCAAGUUAGAACAUGUUUGGAUCCUAGAUUAAGCAUUGUCAAGCAUAAAUGUGGCUAAAUGAACGGAAAAUAUCAGUGAUGCAGUCUGGAUGAGACCGAAGCGCUGUUCAGUAUCGCGGCCACUGAUUGGCUCAGCUCUUCCUAUGUUGGAUUAAAAGACUAAGGGUGUUAUUUCAUGUCUAGAGCAGUGUUUUUCAACCUUUUUUGAGGCAAGGCACAUUUUAUUUCAUUUCAAAAUACGGAGGCACACCACCAGCAGAAAACGUAAAAAAAAUGAUACUCCACCAGGUCGUCGUUGUCAGGUUCAAACACUGAUGAUAUCUAUUAAACGAGACAAGAAGCAAGGAAUUAAACAGACAGAAUUGAAUUUGGCUCAAAUUGAGGAGAGACGCCUGGACACUGUACCCGUGCACAGUGUCUCACCACGCUUUGGCCAAAGAUUGUACCCCUCCUCUUUUUAUUUGGACUUUCCCUGAUUACAUGGCAACAGUUGUUUCUAAGGCUGUUUACGACGUGGGUCGUAAACAGCCAUCACCUUUUGUUACAGAACAGUUCAAAAGAAAAGGUCGUAAAACAGUUCAAAGAAGCGGUGCCUGGAGGGGAGUCUGGUCCUGCUUCCUCUUCGCUUUUGUAGUUCUUGGGUCAAGACAAUAUCUUUCUGUUGAUUACAAUACAUGAAAGAAACAGAACACAUUCAUGUUGCUUUCCAUCCUACACAGUGGAGUUUUACUUAGAUACAAUUAUUCUAACAGUCGUGCCUUAUUUUGCGUUUGUUGGUUCUUUUCCUGUGCUUUAGUUCUUGUCUUGCGCCGUUAUUUUGGUGGCCCUUCCUGUUUUGUUGGUGUUUUCCUGUAGCAGUUUCAUGUCUUCCGUUGAGGGCUUUGUGUUAGCAAGCAAGGCUAUUUAAGUUGUUGCUAUCCUUCUUCGUGUGGACAUUGUUGAUUGUCAUGUCAUGUACAUGGAUUUACUUUGUGGACGCCGUAAGUUUUUGCUGUCGUCCAGCAUUCUGUUUCUGUUUAGUUUGUAGCCAGUUCAGCUUUACUUUUUUUUUUUUUUUGCAUAGCCAUUGCCUUUUCCUUUCCCUUUUUGUUAAUUUUUGGUUUAAGCAGUACAUACCUUUUCACCUGCACACUGCGUCGCGCUGUGCUCUGCAUGUUGGGAUCACAACAAACCAUCCUCGUCUCACCCGACACAUUCCGACUUUUACAAAGCUAUGAACUACCUGCCGCCACCUACUGACAUGGAGUAUUACGGGGUCACCCUGCCGAGUUCUACACAGGACAGACACUAAGCAACGGCACAUUAUUUGCAGAUUAUAAUUAUUGAUUUGCAAAAAAUAUUUUUUGGACCAAUUAGGUGAAGUUGCAUAAUCCCCCAUGGCACACUAGUGUGCCGCGGCACAGUGGUUGAAAAACACUGGUCUAGAAGACUCGCAUAAGGUUGAAAAACACAUUUAAAAGGUUGUAAAAAGUUUUUAAUGAAUGAUUCCUACUUUGCGGAAAUGUCCGGAACCAAUUAAUUGAAUCCUGAUUGCCUUUCAGUCCUCAUUGAGUGCACCAGCUAAAUAUGUGCCUGUAGAAAGAUGUCACUGCUGCUUUUUGGCACUUGAUUUGUACGCCUUCCUCUUCUUCCCCUCUGAACUCCUAUGCAAUGUGACCCUGACAGAUGUUUUUAUAAUUGUGAUGACGUGUAACAUCUGUCCAGCAUUAAAG